CCAGAUCCCCAGAAAACGGGGAAAGCAACCAAGACGCCAAGUGUAGACCACUCCGUGCCACCCAAGCACGCACCCAUUUCGCCCCCGAGUCGAUUCAGAAAAGCAUCCACCAUUCCUCUAUCAACGUACGACGCCGCUCCCCUUUUGCACUCUUACGACGACAGUCCGCAGCGUUGGUCCGGAGUCACCAACGGGCACCAGGCAGGCGUCAUCAUAGAUCAGUUCCGGGGCGGUAAAGCGAUCAUCAUUGAGGGAGGCACCAGCACCGGUGAUACGACGAGCAUCGGCGGCGGCAGCGAUUUACGACUGGUAAUAACGGCCAAUCCCAGCGAGAUCGAGCGCAAUUACGAGCAGCCAACCAAUCGCGGUGGUGGCGGAGGCGGCGGCGUUAUCGGCGUCAGCUGCGGUGGCCAAACCCCACCGACACCCUCGGUCGGCAAAACCCUGCUCAACACCAGUCCCAAUCUUCUGCCGAUCACCACAGCGACCGAUACGUUCAACAACCUCAAGAAUCUGGUGAAGAUCGACAAGGGCUCCUCGCCAUCGUCGGGAUCGAAUUCUCAGGGCGGCAAUUACCGCAAGGGCGGCUCUAACGGCUCAGGAUACAAGAGCGCCGGCGGCAACGGAGGAUCUCCGGCCAUAAGCGGCAACAGCGAGGGCGGCAGGAACGGCAGCCGAUCAUCUGGUGGACCGACCGGACACUUUUCCACUGGAUAUAGCAAGAAUUCCGCCAAAAUUCGCCAACACGACAGUGAGGUGAGCCCAAGACCUCGACGAUCUUACCAGGGUGACUCGUCGUCGUCGCGUUACUAUCCAAAGAAUAGUGACAUUUUGGGUCAAGGCUUAGGCGGCAACUCCGACAGCUACAACGGCAGUUCCUCCUCUGGUAGAUACCAGCAGCAGGAUCAGCAAAGCGGAGCGCAUCGUGGUAGUCGCAACAACUAUCACUCAAACUCCGAUGGCAGCUACAAUCGAUCACUAAACUCAAACUCCGUGGGAGGAGGAGGAUCUGGGGCAGUCGGCUCUGGAAGCGGUGGCAGCAAUUAUCGCUCCGCCCGCAACUACGAGAACGGCAAUGGGAGCAACGGCCCACAGCCACGUUACGGCAGCGGCAACGGGAACGGCAACAGCAGCAACUCCAACUCCUCAUCCGGUUACAACGGAUCUGCAGCGAGCUCAACCAACAGCAAGUCGUCGUAUGGGGCUUCUCGCGGUGGCAACGAUGGAGGCGUGAGUAGCGGAUACAGCAGCAACUACCGCGACAGCUACGAGGAUUCACCAUCGCACCAGCGCUACAACAACACCAACAGCCUAGAGCGGAACGGAGGAGGCGGAUCAGGGGCAGGAGCGAGCGGAGGACCUCGCAGCUACGGCAGGUCUGAGGCAGAUCGUUACGGUGGAACCCCAUCCAGUCGCACGCCCACUCUUCGCAACGGCAAUGCGUCUGCUCAGAUCUCUGGCUCUACUUCCAAUUCUUCGAACAUUUCUCUGAACUCCGGAUCAGCGUCGGCAGGAGGAGGAGCCACUCCUCAUUCUCAACAGCACCAGGAACGAUCACAGGCGGGCAAGGCAAGCACUCCGCCACCGAUCACCGGACGUUGGAUACCACCAUCGUUGCGUCCACAGCAUGGACUUACCCAAAGCGAACAGAACGACGCCGUUUUCCGGCGUGUGAGGGGUAUUUUGAACAAGCUAACGCCCGAGAAGUUCCAGGAACUGAGCGAUGAACUUCUGAAGCUGGAUCUUAACUCGAUUGUCAUUUUGAACGGCGUGAUAUAUCUGAUAUUCGACAAGGCAUUGGACGAGCCGAAGUACUCGUCUAUGUACGCGCAGCUCUGCAAGCGACUUUCCGAGGAAGCCCCGUCAUUCGACAAGGAACCGAACAAUUCGUGCACCUUCUUACGCCUGCUGAUCGCGGUCUGCCGCGACAAGUUCAACAACCGACUAAAGCGCGACGAGAACGACAACCGACCCCCGCCCGAAAAUGAGGUCGACGAGGAGGAGCGCCGCCAUCUGGUCAAACAGCGCAUGCUCGGCAACGUCAAGUUCAUCGGAGAGCUCAACAAACUGGACAUGCUGUCGAAGAACGUGCUGCAUCAGUGCAUCAUGGAGCUAUUGGACAAGAAGAAGAAGCGUACGGCCGGUGCGCAGGAAAUGUGCGAGGACAUGGAAUGCCUGGCUCAACUGCUCAAGACUUGCGGCAAGAAUCUGGAUUAUGAACAGGGCAAAGAGCUGAUGAACCAGUACUUCGAGACGCUUGAACGUCGGUCUAAAUCAUCUGAAUAUCCACCGCGGAUACGUUUCAUGCUAAAGGACGUCAUUGAGCUGCGCCAGAACAAUUGGGUGCCGCGCAAGCUGGGCACCACCGAAGGCCCCGUCCCCAUAAAGCAAAUACGCUCGGACGAUGACUCAAUCAUACGCACACCGUUCCCCAAUCGCAACCGGGAUAUGCGCAACAAUGAUCGCGACUCGGACAGCUGGAUGAAUCGUUUCCAUCUGAAUAUCCAGCCAGGCGGCUACAAUGACAUGUUUAGCGGACUGAGUGUUACUGGAGCUUCUCCGAUUGUCUCACCGUUCGCUACCAGCAAUCGUGACCGAGACCGCGACAAUCGCCAGUACAACAAUCGAGGCGAUCGCAACAGGGAUCGCGACCAAGGCGGUAGCGGCGGAGCUAACUAUGGCAAUCGCUACAACAAGCACAACCAGAAUGGAGGAGGCAGUGGCGGAGGAUCCUCCAACAACCGAGACCGGGAUGAUUCUCGUAGGAAUAACGAUCGCGACAGAGAUCGCAAUGACGGACAGUAUGGGGGCAAUCAGCUGCUGGGUAGUAAGGAAUUGGCACCGAGGUUCAAACGCAACUUGAUCACCACGAACCAAGAUGCGGUGGAGAACUUGCAAAUGCGCCCGGCAGCCAACUCCUUGCUCUUCCGAGCGGCCUCCCAGAACCAGAAGUUGCCGGCCACGUUGCCCAUGUCAACACCGCCCAAUAGCAGCAAUAACAACCAAGGCAACUCGCAGGGCAAGGAUCAGGGCCAGCUCUCGAACUCCCACUACCCUAUGCUGGGCACGCCCACUUCGCAUCUGAUUAAUCCAACGCGUCCCUCGUCAACACCUUCCGCUGAAUACGCUGAUAAUCGAACUCUUCUGGGAGUGCAACAGGAGAGGGGCUUGAAGGCCACCUCUUCAUCGCCGAACUUUGCAUCCGGAGCGGAGAAGUUAGAUACAGACGGUCAGGCAGGCAGAAAGGGCUCGCACGACGGCAAAGAUCAGGGCAAGAAUGGCUCCGUGGAGAGGCCAAGCACACCGGCCGGCGCAACUGGCUCGGCUAAGCAGCAAAAGAAAGAUAAGGGUCCCAACAAGGAGGAACUGUCCAAGAAGGCCAGCCAGUACUUCAAGGAUAAGUUCUACUACGACGAGGAGGAGGAGGAGGCAAGCACUGAUGCCGAGAUCAAGAAUAUUGAAGAGGCAAAGACAGAGGAGGCCGAUGCUGCUCCAGUUGAAGAUUCGGAGGUAAAGGAAGAUGCCGCUUCACCUGUGGCCACUCCAAAUCGAUUCGCUGAGCUUGUAGAUGGAUUCCUCGAGCUGAAGCUGCCAGAGAAGGCGCUGAAGGAUGUGUGCAUCAAUCUUCUGAUGGAUGUCUUGGACCGUGUGAACGAUGUCUUCCUGGAACGUGCUGUGCGACUUCUGCAAACAUUGCGCAAGCAGUCCAAUAUCAAGCCAAACAUCGUGGUUGAGGUUUUCAAGCAGCUGGUCAACAAGAUGAACGAGCGUGAGGCACUCAAUCCCCGUAUCGCUAGUCUUGUAGCCAGUGUGCUGGCAAAGACAAUUUGCGAGCCGGCAUUGCUGAAGCUAACCGAUAUUGCCAACUUCACGGACAACGGCCAGCACUAUCCGCUGUUCCUGCUCGUGCUGCAGCAACUGGUCAAGGUCAUUGGCAAGGAUGCGUUGGAGGAGAAAUUUCGGGCGAGCAAAGUGGAUCUUAUCAACAGCCUGCCGGAGGCGGACCGCAACAAGGAACGACUGGCCGAGAUACUCGAGGAUCGCCAGCUGUCUUUCCUUUAUCCGCUGCUUAAGGUGCAGGCCGAGAUGUUGAAGCAGCUGCAAAGCGACCCGAACCCCAAUAACUUCUACAAGUGGAUCAAGGCCAACGUUGACAACAAGUACUAUAAGGACCCAGGCUUCAUCCAAGCCCUAAUGACCGUGGUGGUCAAGUACGUGACCAAGGAGACGACGCUGGCGGCCAACCUCGACCCUAAGGAGCACCCAGAGAAAUCUGUGACCCAGAAGGAGCAACAGCUGCUGGAGAACUACAGCCAGAUGCUACAAACUUUCCUGGGACAGAACGAGCUUCAGUUGAUGGCUCUCUACGCUCUGCAGACGUUCUGCUACAAUGAAAAUUUCCCCAAGGGCAUGCUGUGCCGUUGGUUCAAGUAUCUUUACGAAUCUGAAAUAAUCGAGGAGGAGGCAUUCGUCCUGUGGAAGGAGGAGAUUUCCGACAAAUAUCCAGGCAAAGGAUCAGCUUUGUUCCAAGUAAACGCCUGGCUGACUUGGCUUCAGGAGGCCGAAUCUGAGGACGAUGAGGAUUAGGAAGCACCAGUCCCGCAUAAUAACAACGCUAUAUGUUUAUCACUUCCAAUAUUUAUUCACAAAUCGAUAAUGAUUACAUGAUGAAAAACAACAAAACUAACAAAACACGCAAAAAUAAGAACGAAAAUACCAUCAGGAUGGAAGUUAGAAAUCGCGGUUGCAAAUCUUAGUCAAAUUAUAGUAAAAAAGAAAAACAAAAAAAAAUUAAUCAAAAUUAUUUGAUAUCCAACAAAUUCAAAGAACUUUAACAAUCAAUUAUCAAUAAAUAAAGCGCAAUAGACGUCAAAUAUAA